AUGGGUUCCUCGCAGUGGAUUGAGUUUCAGUCCUCUCCAUCCAAUUCAUAUUGCAAUGUCUGGUUAAUGCAGGCAGGUAGCAUCCUGAUACCUCAAGAGUUUCUUCUUUUACCAGACACAGCUGCGGACAAUGGGUCAGGUUCAGAGCCGUUGGAGCAAACGGUAUCCGGGAAAUACGCUGCACCUGACUUUGUGUUCCUGAUUGAACACAUCCCAACUGGGAAAUUCUACCUCUACGACCUAGGGAUGCGCAAGGAUUUACACAAUCUGUCCCCUUUCACGCGCAAAUACGACCUUCCUUUCUAUGGCUACUCGCCCGUUCUCCCGUCAGAGAUACUAUCUCAACAUGGCCCGCCUGGAUUUCACCCGUCCAAGGUGCACUCGAUUGUACUCUCGCAUCUGGAUUUUGAUCAUAUUGGGGAUUGCGGGAAACUUGCGUUUCCAAACGCUGAGAUUUGGAUGGGCCCUUCCGCUUGCUUGAAGGCUCGACCUGGGUACCCUGAAGACCCUGACUCGGCUGGGCUAUCGAGUGACUUUCCCCGCGAUGGUUCCCGGAAGAUCGUCGAGUUUACCAUCCCGGAUGAUAUUCUCCAGGAGAAGGGAGAUGCCAGAGUUGACCUCGUGAAAGAUUGGAUAUCCAAGGGGUACUAUACAGCAAUCGAACGGCGGGUACCAUCCAAUGGUUGGCAUCCGCUGGGUACCUUUCCUUUGGCUUGCGACCUGUUCAAUGAUGGAUCUAUGUAUCUAAUUGAUAGCCCUGGUCAUGGUGCUGGGCACCAGUCACUUUUAAUUCGGCUGCGGAAAGAAUCCAGUGAGAAACUGUCAAGUGCCCCGGGUAGCACAAAUUCCGAGUUGCCGCUGGACGAUUUUGUUCUUUUGGCGGGUGAUACAUUUCAUCAUCCCGAGCUGUUACGAAAUCCACUCAGGAUGGCCCGCGCCCCAUACAGCUCGAACAGCGUGCACAAUGAUGCCAAUUUGGCCAUCGAUACAAUAUAUCGUACGCAAGGAUUUGCCCGGCGUGAAAAUUGUUGGGUGAUAGCUGCACAUGACACCGAUGUUCAGGCAUCCCUGGCUGCCGGGCAGAAAUGCGUCGAGGGAUUGGCUCUUCUGAAUGACUGGAAGCAUAAGGGGUGGAAAGGUGAGCAGGGGAAAUGA